GUUCCUUUCAGUCGUGUGUGAGAGCUGCGACGGAGCGGUUGGCCCGCGAUGCCAUUAAGAUUCAAACCGCUCGCAGAAAUGCUAUCACGAAGGCACAACUUCCGAAUAACUCAAACCAAGUCGAUCAGUUAAAAGUUUUGUAAGAUGAGAUAAUUUUCCAUUUAAAGAGUUUUAUGUUUAGUUUCGUUUUGAGGUUCGUCCAUGAAGGUCGCGUCCUUCAAUCGAUAAACUAUUAAUUGCCGCGUGUGAUUGCCCGUGGCCGGUAGACAACGGAACUACACGCGUGUUUUGGAUGUAUAUUUUAUUUGUAAAGUGCCAAUUAAAAACAUUAGUUAAGUAUUUUUUUAUAACGGACCCUGUGUCGAAAAGUUUGUUGGUGGAAAGACUUUGAAAUUAAUUCGCAUCUUCAUGGAAUAUGGGCAUCUGCUUAGACACUGAACAAAAAAAUGAAGAGUUGGAGACGACAGGCGGGGAGCACAGCCGGGGCGAGAGUGCGUGGGCCGGCCGCGCCACGCCGUCAGUCGCCGCCUUCCCGAUGCAGAACUCUAGCCACGUCAAGUUCGAGCCGCCUAAUGUGCCUGUUAUAUUUGUGUUGGGCGGCCCAGGCAGCGGCAAGGUGACCCAUUGCGACAACCUGAUGCAGGAGCGUCGAGGAGUGGUGCACAUCAACAUGACGGACCUCCUGCAGCAGUACGCCAUCGGCAACGGUACUGCUAACCCCGGUUUGCACUUUAUGUAG